CGUAAAAUAUCAGAAACAACGGUCGGAUCAUCAUUCGAUCUCUUUCCCUCCAAGUUCCAACUCCAACCUCCGCAAUCUAAAUUCAUAAUCCUCUGUUUUUUUUUCUCUGAAGAAAAUCUAAAGAACUCCUAGAAAUCAUCAAGAAUCACAAUUUAAAUCAUUCGACCAUGAUCAAAUCUUUCAUUAACCGUUUCAAAUCCUCUCGUUCUUUCAAAGAUUUCUACACAGAUUGGUUAAACACUUUAAAAUCAACUCAUCUUCCUCUUCUCAAUACAUUAUUCUCUUUCGAUCAUCCAAAUUACAGUCUCCUUUCUACACAAGUUAAUCUUCUUACUAACCAUUUCAAUUCCUACUUCACUGCCCUCGAUCUUGCCGCGAACGACGAUGUUUCUCAGCUCCUCUUUCCAGAUUGGCGAAACUCACUAGAAAAACCUUUUCUUUGGUUUGGAGAUUUUCACCCUUAUAUAUUUACUAACCUUUUGCGUUCUUUUAUCCAAGACGAUGAUAGUGAUGAGCAUAGUGAAGAUAACGUGUGGAAAAAUGCUGGGGUUUCUUUGCGACAUUUUGUCGAACAGUUAGAGUGUGGAUUGAGAUUGAUGGUCCCCGUGAUUGUUACACGUUCUAGAGAUUCUCAAGCUAAAUUGGUGCUGAAGUUGGCUGUUGGGUGGAGAGAAAAAGGUGAGAAUUUGGAAGUUGGUGAAGUGAUUGAAGAAUUGAUUGAUGAGAUUAUAUGUGUGUUCUUGGAUGCUAAUAGAUUAAGAAAAAGUGUUCUUGCUGAUAUUAUGGCAACUUUGAGUGUGCACCAAUCUGCUCUUUUUCUUCAAAGGCUUUCUCAAUUCUAUGUUGGGUUUUCGAAUUCAACUUAAUUUUUGAUUGAUCUGUAGUUCUUCUACAACUUUGAAGUUUUAUUUUAAUCGAUUUUUGGAUUUCACAGUUUUGGAAUUGCUAGAAUGGGAAGAGUUAUUUUUGGGAAUUAUCAGGCUGAUAAUCUCAGGUUAAUUAGGUGUCCUUUAUGUUGAUAUACUUUGUGUUCUUUCCCUGGUAACACUAAAUUACAUGACUUUGAUUUUAAACUUCCUUUUGUACAAAGUCUGUUCUUUAUAGCAAUUAUAAUGCAGAUGUGAAUUUUUUAUUGGCCAGUUUGCAAGCUAGCAAGUGUUCUUUGUUUUGAGAUUUAACAACACCAUAAGAUACAUUAUUGUACAAACAUAACAUCAAAAUACUAUAAAAAGAUAAAAGGAUAAAUUUCAAUCCUUUGAAAAACAUAAUUAAACUAGUAAUUACACAAGAGAUUCACUGAAUUGUUGUAUGUAUGUGUGCUGACCUCUUCAUGGAUACUGAUCUUGACCUUUCUCUUCUUCCAAAAGUCUCCAUAAACCAAUCAUGAUGUUUAUUAGUCACAAAGAUUUUCCCAAUCACAAAGCCUACAACAAGCCCAAGUACACAACCUGAUAUUCUGAAAAUCCAAUCAGUCAAUUCGGUGUGUACUUCUGCUGAUGUCUGAUCAUGAUCAUUUGGGAUCAACUGCUCUUCUUUAUGGCACUGCUCUUCUGAAAAUCCAAUCAGUCAAUCCAAGACGAUGAUCAUUUGGGAUCACCCUCAAAAGAAGUUUCAUCAAAGGUACUGAAUUGUUGUCCUUGAGGUAUCGAUCCCAUAAGACGAUUGUGAGAAACAUUGAAUACUUCAAGAAAGGAUAGCUUUGUUAACUCAGAAGGGAUCGUUCCUGAAAGUUUGUUUAGUGAAAGGUCUAAGGAUUCGAGGCCACUGAUAUUUGCUAGAGAAGACGGAAUAGGACCAAAGAGAUUGUUGUCUGAUAAAUGAAGUGCUUGAAGUCCUAUAAGAUCCCCAAUAAAUAUAGGGAUGUUACCUGUGAAUUCGUUGCUUGAGAAAUCGAUCACUCGAAACACAGUUAAUAUCUUGGGAUAAAAUGUUUCACUCCCUUUAUUUGUUAUAGUCAUACC